UGGGAUGUGAAAGAAGAAAAAAAAAGUCUACCUAGAGGAUCCUCCGUUGGAAGCACAGCCCUCCCCUUUCCUCUCUCUCUCUCUCUCUCUCUCUCUCUCUCUCUCUGUCUCUCUCACUCACAGUCUUUCUCAGCUGGCUCCGCUCUCUCUCAGUCUUGCGCUGUGACCGUGUGUGCGCUGAGCUUGUGCAAAGAGAGAGAGAGAGAUAGAGAAGUGCCUAGGGCUUCACCGAGCUUUAGUUGAGUUUAGUCUCAACAGUGUUACUAUUUAAAACAGUCAGAGAGGAAGAGUGCACAACAUCUAGGAGAUAAACAACCACAGAAACACACUUUAAAGUGAGACAGUGAGUGGUGUGGACACUCAUGAUCCUCUCCUGAGGCUUUGACUGCUUCACCAGGAGAGAUGUGAUCGUUGUGCAACUUAUUUAACACACAGUCACUCCUGCUCCAUCCUGGACUGGAUUGCUGAAACGACACAGUGUUAACCAGAGGCCAGUGGACUGCACGCAGCCGGGGCGAACAUGGACUACCUGUGGGGGAUUGUACUGCUGCUGUGGACGCUCGGCGCGCCGGAGAGAGGAACCAACGCACAGAGGACCAAGAACAACAUACCCCGGCUCAAACUCUCAUAUAAAGAAAUGUUGGAGUCCAACAACCUGCACACUUUCAAUGGACUGCCCAACAGCUCUGCCUAUCACACCUUUUUAUUGGACGAAGAGAAAGGUCGGCUCUUUGUGGGGGCAAAAGACCAUGUGCUGUCUUUCAACUUGGUGGACAUCAAUCUGGACAUGGAUCUGAUAUCCUGGCCUCCUUCACCUUCUCGACGAGAUGAAUGCAAGUGGGCUGGGAAGGACGUCCAGAAGGAGUGCUCUAACUUCAUCAAGGUUCUGCAGCCGUUUAAUCAGACGCACGUGUAUGUGUGUGGAACAGGAGCCUUCCAUCCCAUCUGUGCUUAUGUGGAAGUAGGCAAACGCCCAGAGGACAACAUCUUUCGGCUAGGGUCAUCAAACUUUGAGAAUGGCCGUGGAAAGAGUCCCUAUGACCCCAAACUCCUGACUGCUUCCAUGCUGAUCGAUGGGGAACUUUAUGCUGGGACAUCAGCUGACUUCAUGGGCCGGGACUUUGCUAUUUUCCGAACGCUAGGCAAGCACCAUCCAAUCAGAACAGAGCAGCAUGACUCCAGAUGGCUCAACGAUCCUAGAUUUGUCAGCGUGCAUCUCAUCCCCGAGAGCGACAACCCUGAAGACGACAAGAUCUAUCUGUUCUUUAGAGAGAACGCUAUUGAUGGAGAGCAAAUCAGCAAAGCUACACACGCCAGAAUCGGACAGUUGUGCAAGAACGAUUUUGGAGGCCACAGGAGUUUGGUGAACAAAUGGACCACCUUUUUGAAGGCCCGUUUAAUCUGCUCCGUUCCUGGCCUGAACGGCAUCGACACACACUUUGAUGAACUACAGGAUGUUUUUCUCAUGAGCUCCAAGGAUCCCAAAAACCCUAUUAUCUAUGCUGUAUUUGCAACUUCCAGUAACAUCUUUAAGGGCUCAGCGGUGUGUAUGUACAGUAUGGCAGACAUCAGGAGGGUGUUUCUGGGCCCCUAUGCCCACCGAGAUGGACCCAACUACCAAUGGGUACCGUUUUUGGGUAGAGUGCCAUAUCCAAGACCUGGCACGUGCCCCAGCAAAACGUUUGAUGGUUUUGAAUCAACAAAGGACUUUCCUGACGACGUUAUCAAUUUUGCCAGAAGCCAUCCGGCCAUGUACAACCCAGUGUUCCCCAUCAACAACCGUCCAAUCAUAAUCAAAACCGAUGUCGACUAUCAGUUUACUCAGAUAGUGGUGGACAGGGUGGAGGCAGAGGACGGCCAGUAUGAUGUUAUGUUUAUUGGCACUGACAUGGGCACAGUUCUUAAGGUGGUUUCCAUCCCCAGAGGAACGUGGCAUGAUCUUGAAGAAGUCCUGUUGGAAGAGAUGACUGUGUUCAGAGAGCCAACAGCUAUUACUGCGAUGGAACUCUCCACAAAGCAGCAACAGCUCUAUCUGGGAUCUGCCAUUGGGGUUUCUCAAAUGCCUCUGCAUCGCUGUGACGUGUACGGGAAGGCCUGCGCUGAGUGCUGUCUGGCGCGUGAUCCUUACUGCGCCUGGGAUGGCUCACAGUGUUCCCGAUACUUUCCAACUGCUAAGAGGAGAACGAGGCGUCAGGAUAUAAGGAACGGAGACCCUCUGACUCAAUGUUCGGAUCUGCAGCAUCACGAUGAGGCAGACGGAGAGAAAGGUUUGCAGGAUAAGACAGUGUAUGGGGUUGAAAACAGCAGCUCUUUUCUGGAGUGCAGUCCUAAAUCCCAGCGUGCCCUUAUUUACUGGCAGUUUCAGAGACACGGAGAGGACCACAAACAAGAGAUAAAGUCAGAUGAGCGGGUGUUGGGCACAGAACAGGGUCUGUUGAUCCGAACCCUCCAUCAGAAGGACUCGGGUGUGUAUUACUGCCAUGCUGUUGAACACGGCUUCAUCCAGACCCUCCUCCGCCUCACACUCAACGUCAUUCACAACGAACACCUGGAUGACCUCCUGCACCGAGACACACCUGACAGCAACGACCCGACCAACGGCAAGAUGUGGUACCGUGACUUCCUGUCCCUCAUCAACCCGCCGAGCCCAAACAGCGUCGACCAGCUCUGCGAGCAGGUUUGGAAAAGAGAACGGAAACAGCGUAGACAGAAAGCCAAUCUGUUGCACGCCGGCCAAUCACACACCAGCCAGCUAAUCCACCCCAGCCAAUCACACACUAGUAAAUGGAAGCUGCUACAGGAAAACAAGAAAGGACGCAAUCGCAGGACCCAUGAGAUGCAGCGGGCGCCCCGCAGCGUGUGACAUGAACUCUACAUAAAAAAGAGGAAAUCCAACAGACUUCUAUUGAGACUGGAGACAGGAAGAACGGAAUUCCACUUCCUGUAGUGUGUGCAAGAGAUUUACUUAUGAACCAGAGCACAUCUUCAUUCACACGUAUUGAGACUCUUACUCUGAGAGGACUUAACGGGACACAAGAUGCAAACAGAUACUGAAACAGCUGUAAAUAUGAAAUAAAUACAAAAAUAUACUGUGAGACAGGUUUCAGUCUGUAUAAAAACCCUGUUUCAUUUUAUGAGGGACAAAACAUGGAUGCUGAAAGACCACUGUUUAACCUCCAUUUAGCUGAAGCACAAUGCAUUCUGGAUAAUAAACUUGUCAGUAAUAUUAUGUGUAUAGAGUGUGUUGACCUUAACAUAUACUGUAUAUCUUUGUAUCGGAAUUGUAGGCCCAUCUGUUUAUGUACGUAUCCAUUAAUUAAGGAAUUGUUCAUUAGGUUUUAUUCUUCUUUCUCUUCCCCUCUUUCUGCAAAAGCAACGCCUCGGCAAAUCCAUUAAUGGAACUGUGUUGUUCCUCUGAAUAAGCUCUUCUUGACAAGAAAAAAAUAACUAUUGCUAUUUUUUUUAGAUUAAUAUUUAAUUUUGUACUGUGCCAGAGUAUAUCUAAAAUAUUACAUAAUAGAUUUAUUUUUAUUUAGUUGUCCUCAUUGUAAACCACUGCACCAUGAGGGUAACAAGCCCUCUUCACUAUUUUGUUCUCCUCAGUUAAGUUAUUUGUUGACAUGAUUUUGUCUAUGUUCACAUUUGUGUUUAUAUAAAAGUAUUGUGGUCGAGUAUGUGAAAUACUGUGGCAUUUAUUAAGGAGUAUUGCCGUCAUGUCUGUCACACAUACUUGGGAGAAUACUGGUUUUCACUCAAUGUACAAAAAAAGAAUUUACAAAAAAAAAAAACCAUAACAUGGCACCCCAGGACCGACGUUGCCUAUCCCUGCUCUAUAUACAUAAUCUCAAAGAUGUUUAAAUGUAUAUGUCUCAGAGAGCCAAUUAUUACAUUUUUUUUUUCUAAGAGAGAUUACGAAAACAGACUAUUUAUUUCUACUUUACUUGGAACCUUACAGACUCAGUCAUGAAGAAUAAAAUAAGACCAGAAGCAUGUAUUGAGAGAGUAAAUGGGGAUGAUUUAGAUUUUCUCUUGACUUUAUGAGAGGGCAAUGAAGGACAAUUUACAACUGUUAUAUAAUAUUCUGAGCCUGUCCCUUGGCUGAGGAAAGGACAGCUGUGUGACUGGAACUGCUGGGAUCAGAGAUAGAACAGCUGGGACAGGACUCAGAGACUCCUUGAGCAGUCCUACUUUCACUCCUCCCACUGAAUUAGUUUUAUCAAGUUGUUUUUGUUCCCUUUUUGUUACGGCCACACACACAUGCUCACACCUACAGCACACAUAUAUAUGAAUGUAGCUGUGAACAUAUAGACUAUUUAUGAAAAAAUGGUCCAAAAUAUACGCCACUGUGUACAAACUGCAUGUGAAUUUACACUCAUUUCUAUACUCUUUUACAGUAGCUGCUCUUGUUAAUGGGUAAUUUGUCUGGCGUUGGAUUCCAGGUGGUGCUGAAAAAAUAUUCUGCUAAUAAUGACAGAUGGUGUUAUUGACGAGCAUAAUUUCUGCCUGAAAAAAUCUCUUCCUUUGUAGCUAGUUAUACAACCAACAAAAAACCGCUGUAAGUGAAAGGAUUUCAAAUGCAAAACUCAACAGCAUGAACUUGGUUGCUCUGUUUGGAUGGACUUUGGGCAAAAAAGGACACAUGCCUCGCUUUGACUUUUUUUCAGGGACUCCCCUGAACUGGAAACGAGGGACAAAGACAUGAAAAUGCUGCUGUAAAUUAUUAAUUUCUGGCAUGCAUUCUGCUGUUCAAAUAAAUGUCUGUUUCAGAGGGCUGGA